GGAGAUUGGUAUAUUAUAUUAAGAGUGCUUUGUGAUGUCUUUUUGAGGUCUUUAAUUUUGAUGAAAAUAGGUGUUUUUAAGUUAGUAAACUCAGUAAAAUAAAUUAGCAUAUAAGAGUUUAAUUAUUUAGAAACAGGUUUUACGUAAGGUAGUAAUUACAGUAGACUUAUACAGUAUUUUCUGGUAACUAAAACACUAUAUGGUAAUAGGUUUUCUCCAAUGCCAAUCCAAUCAGUUUUUGCAAAUAUAAACAAUUUAUUUUAAAAUGCGUAAUAUACUAAAAAAUAAUUAAAAUGUGGAAUAUAAAGAAAAAGAAACACAAAAGUCGAAGCAAAAAAGAAGAUGCGAAUUUGUAUUUCAUCAUACUGUUGGCUGCCGUAUUUGUGUUGGUCGUGGUAAAAAGGGACAACUUAUUAUAUUCUACUGGUGUCAUAAAGAAGAUGCAAAAGCCAAUAAAAUUGCUAAAGGGUGCUCGCGACCGUUUACGAAGCAAUACUUUUUUCCGAUCCACGCCGUCCGAGGUGGCUAAUUUACCGAAACCUGACUUUCGACCAAGUUGCGCCAAAAACGAGUUCAGAAUCAUAAAUAUGACGUCAUGUCAUGAAAUAUUGUAUUGUGACGCAAUAUUCCACAAUGUUGAAAAGGGCUCUUACUUUAACAAAGGGAAAACAAAAAAGAUGCAGUACGGUGUUUGGGAAGGCCGUAGAGUAGCAGUGGCUCAUUCCAUUACAUCCAAAGUGAUAAACACUAAAGCGGAUUUUAAUGAACACGUAACGAACCUGUUUCGACUCCAAAGUCCGUUUGUGACACAGUUGAUUGGAUUUUGCAACGUUUCAAGAACUGCAUUCGACUACGCAAGGUCUUUUAUAGUCACUGAGUAUCACAAACGUGGGUCUUUGGACACAUAUUUGAACUCAAACGAACAUAUUACGAGUGAUGCUACCGAGAGGUUACGACUCGCUGUAUCUUAUUUGAAGACGUUGAACUUUCUACACAACCAAACAGAAGGAAGUCUGGUUGUUUGCGAUUCAAACGACCUGAAGGGGGCGCUACAGAACUAUCUUGUGACGUCAGAUAGGCGGGUGAUUUUAAACGAUAUGGACGAUCUCCCAUUGGUCAAUCGCUAUGGCAAGCUUAUUCAAUGCAAACACCAGGAUGUUCUAUCUGACCAACCGUCCAUCGUGGGAGAGAAUUUUCUUGCUCCGGAACAAAAAACUGCUCUUUUAGCAAGUUUUCCUAAAUCAGCUAUUGCAAGACUCGAACGUAAUAGCGGCGUGACGUCAACAGGCGCAGAAAUCGACGCACAAGGACGCCCGCCGCCGAGUCUUGACGCAAAAAUUGACGUGUACAAAAUUCCCGACAUCGUGCAGGCUAUUUUGUUAAUUAAUAAAGAAAAAUUGUCAAAGCUCCAUAGCGACAGCUACCGGAAAGCGUCGUUGAACAUUUGGAGAAAAUUAAUGAAAAUUAACGAGGAAUGUAAAGACCCGUCGGCGAGCACGAGGCCACAGACUUCGAAAGUACUUCAAGCGUACGAGAAUCUGUUAAAAUCGUUAUCAUCUUGAUUAAAUUAAACUCAUUCUUUUCUUGUUGUGAAUAAUACACGCAUUUAUUUCACGACAGGAAAGUGAUGUCACGUUAACAGGAAAGUAAUCUACUGUCACUUAUAUGUCAAGCUACGUAUUAGACGUUGCUGCAAAAGACAUUGCUUCAAAAUUCUUUCACUGCUUUAUAGUACAAGAAAACAGAAUGGUCAAAAAA